AUGAGCAAAAUUGGAAGAGUCCUGCUAGUGGGAUUUCCGGCUAUGGCAGUACGAAGCCUUUCUGUACUAGCCCUCCAACAACCACAGCCAUGCAAUGCCCGCCGUGGAUCCAAACAUAUUGAAAGAAACGAUCGCAUUUUGGUCGAGGACAUCUCGUCGGCCCAGGAUCUUCAAGAUUUGGCAAACUUGAAUGCUCUUCGAAAGCCUGGAUCGCUGAAGUACACCUCAAGCUGGAGAGAUUGGUGUGCCCGGUCAUUGGACGCCAGUCGCUACCAUUUGUCACAGAAUUUGCCUCAUGUACCUGAUCCGCAAGGUUUUGGAGAAUUGUUCUUCAAUCUGGGAGCAGCCGCUGAUACUGGAGAAAUGCCUUCAUUUCAAGACCCAGGAUCAAGAUCAGGCUAUGCAUUGGAGUUCUUUUGUCGAGCUAGGCUUUUGGCGCAUCUACUCUUUGACAACUACAAUCAGCUGUCCUUAUCCUCAGGUCCUAGGUCCACCAGUGAUGACUUUAUACGCAACCUGUAUCGACCCGAACGAUCUGUUGAAACUGGAAGAAAUGAAAAUAUCUGUCGCAUGGUAUCUAUCGGUGGUGGCCCUGGUUAUGACUUUGUGGGUGUGCUACUGGCAGAUACCUUUUCAACUUGUGGUCGCGGGAGCACGCGCAUCGAGGGCACAGUGUUCGAUUAUGAGAAAGGAUGGGAAGAUCUUGUCAAAGCCAUGAAUGUUGCCACCAACCAUGCAUUGGUGAACGACGAACAAUCAUCUCUUCAUUGGGGUGGUACAUGCGACAUUACGAAACCUCUCACUGAUGCCUCCAACCAAGAGGCUCUCCUGCCUACCAUAGCUUCCACGGAUGUCUUUGUCUGUCAGUAUUGUAUAGCUGAGAAUGCCAAGGGGCUCCGUGAGAGUGAAUUUGUGUUCUUCGCCGACCUGUUUGAUGAAGCUAGAAUGGAUACCGUGUUCAUUCUAACAGAAGUGACGCCGAGGAUUUGGCCCGAGAUUGUCGACGUACUCUUGCAAAGACCGGAUGGAGGAGAAGACUUUCAGGUACACUUUAUUGGGACCACAACUCGAAAAAAGGGAGGUCAAAUGUUUAUCUCUAAGAGAAAGGGUAGUGGAAUAUCUCCCGAGGCUCUUUCUGCCUGUGAAGAAUAUCGUAGGCUCCGAACUCUGCACGAGAGAAAGAUCGAGAAUGGGUUUCAGAGACAGCCCAAGAAAGUUCGAGGGGGCAAGGCUCUGGUCGAGGCUUGA